CUUCGAGCGCCUCUGCCGCCUUGAGAGUGAGCCCAUUAGCCGCACAAAUUCGCAGCGGGCGUCCAGGGCAGCGGUCGCAGCAGCGGCGGAGGCUCUGCACUCCAGAGUCUUGCGUCCUCAGCAGGCGCCCGAAGCUGAGUGCGCAUCCUCCACCGCACCCAAGCUUCGUCUGUUUUUUCAAGCUCUACAUGCUGCCCAACUAAAAGGAAAAUAUGGGCACAGGGGAUUUUAUCUGCAUUUCCAUGACUGGAGGGGCGCCCUGGGGGUUCCGAUUGCAAGGUGGCAAGGAGCAGAAGCAGCCCUUACAAGUUGCAAAGAUUCGAAAUCAGAGCAAAGCCUCAGGGUCUGGGCUCUGUGAGGGAGAUGAAGUGGUUUCCAUCAAUGGCAACCCUUGUGCAGAUCUUACCUACCCUGAAGUCAUCAAGCUCAUGGAAAGCAUAACAGACUCUCUCCAAAUGCUCAUCAAAAGACCAUCCAGUGGAAUGAGUGAGGCUUUGAUGUCUGAAAAUGAAAACAAAAACCACGAGCAUCUCACACAUGGAGGGUAUGUGGAAAGCACCACCCUGCAGAUUCGACCAGCCACAAAGACCCAGUGCACAGAGUUCUUCCUUGCGCCUGUCAAGAGUGAAGUUCCCCUAGCUGAGGACCAAAGAAGUAGUCCCGAUUGUGCAGGGAACUUGAAGGAAGAAACAGGCCUGAGCUACCAAAGGGCUCCCCAAAUGCCUGACUCCCAAAGAGGAUGCACGGCAGAAGAGCUGAUCUUAAGGGAGAAGGCAGAAGUAGAACAGCCCGGCCCUGUGGUUGAGCUGCAACUCUCCCUUUCCCAGGAGAGACAUAAGGGCACAAGUGGCCCUUUAGUGGCUCUCCCGGGAGCUGAAAAAUCUGAGUCACCUGACCCAGACCCUAGCUUGUCACAAGACAGGAUUGUCCACAUAAACUCGAUCCCUACCAAUGAGAAAGCAGACCCUUUCCUGAGGUCCAGCAAGAAGAUAAUCCAGAUCUCCAGUGGCAGAGAGUUGAGAGUGAUCCAGGAAAGUGAAGCAGGAGCUGCGGGACUGCCCCAGGUGGAAGUGAUCCUCGACUGCUCUGACAGGCAGAAGACAGAAGGGUGCAGGCUUCAGGCAGGAAAGGGGUGUGUGGAUUCUCCAGUGGAAGGAGGGCAGUCAGAAGCACCUCCUUCUCUGGUAUUCUUUGCCGUCUCAUCAGAAGGCACAGAGCAGGGAGAAGAUCCACGAUCAGAAAAGGAUCACAGCAGACCUCACAAGCACCGGGCGCGGCAUGCACGGCUCAGGAGGAGUGAAAGCCUGUCGGAAAAACAAGUGAAGGAAGCAAAAUCUAAAUGCAAAAGCAUUGCCCUUCUUCUAACAGAUGCUCCCAACCCCAACUCCAAGGGGGUGUUGAUGUUUAAGAAGCGACGUCGGAGGGCCAGGAAAUACACCCUAGUUAGCUACGGUACUGGCGAGCUUGAGCGAGAGGCAGACGAGGAGGAAGACGGUGACAAGGAGGAUACAAGUGAAGUAGCAUUUCUUGGUGCAAGUGAGUCAGAGGUGGAUGAAGAGUUACUGUCUGACAUUGACGACAGCACACAAGUUGUGAACUUUGACUGGGAUUCUGGACUGGUGGACAUUGAAAAGAAACUGAACAGAGGGGACAAGAUGGAGAUGUUACCAGACACCACAGGCAAGGGAGCCCUCAUGUUUGCCAAGAGGAGGGAGAGAAUGGAUCAGAUCACAGCCCAAAAAGAAGAGGACAAGGCAGGUGGAAUGCCAAGCAGAGAACAAGAUGCUGCCCAGACAGAUGGCCUGAGAACCAUGACUUCUUACCAAAGAAAGGAGGAAGAGUCGGUGAGAACGCAGAGCUCUGUGAGCAAAAGCUACAUCGAGGUGAGUCAUGGUCUUGGCCAUGUGCCCCAACAGAAUGGCUUCAGUGGGGCAUCUGAGACAGCAAACAUCCAGAGGAUGGUUCCCAUGAAUAGAACAGCCAAACCCUUCCCAGGGUCUGUGAACCAGCCAGCCACCCCCUUCUCGCCAACCCGAAACAUGACGAGUCCCAUUGCUGACUUUCCUGCACCUCCACCUUACUCUGCAGUCACUCCUCCCCCUGAUGCCUUCUCCAGAGGGGUAUCAAGUCCGAUUGCUGGCCCAGCACAGCCCCCUCCAUGGCCUCAGCCUGCCCCAUGGUCCCAGCCAGCCUUUUACGAUUCAUCUGAGCGAAUAGCUUCCAGAGAUGAGAGGAUCUCAGUGCCAGCAAAAAGAACAGGAAUAUUGCAGGAAGCCAAAAGGAGAAGCACGACAAAACCCAUGUUUACUUUUAAAGAGCCCAAAGUAAGCCCAAAUCCUGAACUCUUGUCACUCCUUCAAAAUUCAGAAGGCAAACGGGGCACUGGAGCUGGAGGUGAUUCCGGACCGGAAGAAGACUACCUCAGCUUGGGAGCAGAGGCUUGCAAUUUCAUGCAAAGCACCUCUGCCAAACAAAAGACCCCACCUCCUGUUGCUCCAAAACCUGCAGUCAAGUCCUCAUCCUCCCAACCAGUAACUCCAGUUUCCCCAGUCUGGUCUCCAGGAGUGGCUCCCACCCAACCUCUGGCCUUCCCCACAUCUGGCCCAUCAAAGGGCACUAUUGUCUCCUCCAUCAAAAUAGCCCAGCCUUCUUACCCUCCUGCCCGGCCUGCAAGCGCUUUAAACCUGGCUGGUCCCUUCAAAGGACCACAAGCAGCAGUAGCCAGUCAGAAUUACACACCCAAACCAACAGUUCCCACACCAACAGUCAAUGCUGCUCAGCCUGGUGCAGUGGGACCAUCCAAUGAGCUUCCAGGAAUGAGUGGGAGAGGAGCUCAGCUCUUUGCUAAAAGGCAGUCCAGAAUGGAGAAAUAUGUGGUCGAUUCAGACACGGUGCAGGCCCACGCUGCUCGAGCUCAGUCCCCCACUCCAUCUCUCCCAGCCAGUUGGAAGUACUCCUCCAAUGUCAGAGCACCUCCUCCUGUGGCUUAUAAUCCUAUCCACUCCCCCUCCUACCCACUAGCUGCUCUCAAGUCUCAGCCAUCAGCCGCACAAGCUUCCAAAGUCGGCAAGAAAAAGGGGAAGAAACCGCUCAAUGCACUAGAUGUCAUGAAGCACCAACCGUAUCAGCUCAAUGCAUCCUUGUUUACUUUCCAACCUCCAGAUGCAAAGGAUGGCCUCCCUCAAAAGUCAUCAGUCAAGGUCAAUUCAGCCCUGGCCAUGAAGCAAGCUCUUCCUCCUCGGCCAGUGAAUGCUGCCUCACCUAUGAAUGUGCAGGCCUCGUCAGUGUACUCGGUACCAGCCUAUACCUCUCCCCCAUCCUUCUUUGUAGAGGCCUCCUCACCAGUCAGCGCAUCCCCAGUGCCUGUGGCCAUUCCCACCUCGCCAAAGCAGGAAUCAGCCUCUUCAUCUUAUUUUGUGGCACCAAGGCCAAAGUUCUCAGCCAAGAAAAGUGGUGUCACAAUUCAGGAGAGUGGACACUCCCUUUCUCUUCCUGGAAGAUCAAUCCCACCCACCAUUUCUACAUCUCCUUGGGUAUACCAGCCAACUUAUAGUUACUCUAGCAAACCAACUGAUGGACUAGAGAAAGCAAACAAGAGACCAACUCCUUGGGAAGCAGCAGCAAAGUCUCCUCUCGGUCUAGUGGAUGAUGCUUUCAGACCCAGAAACAUCCAGGAAUCCAUUGUGGCAAAUGUGGUCUCAGCAGCUCGAAGGAAGGUACUUUCAGGGCCUCCAGAGGAUUGGAAUGAGAGACUGUCCUAUGUUCCUCAAACCCAGAAGGCCUAUAUGGGCUUAUGUGGAAGGCAAGAGUAUAAUGUCACAGCCAAUAAUAAUAUGUCCACCAAUUCCCAAUACGGUUCACGGUUGCCAUAUGCAUACUAUAGGCAGGCCUCAAGAAAUGAUUCCGCAAUCAUGUCCAUAGAAACCAGGUCUGAUUACUCUCUUCCAGUAGCUGAUUACAACUACAUCCCACACCCAAGGGGAUGGAGACGCCAAACAUGAAAGUUACAAGAAUGGAUCAUGUGCCAACUAUGUUUUUCUAAAAAGUGUUCCUUUGUAGGUAUUUUAAACUUUUCUAAUAGAUUUAGAUUCACUUUUGGCCUUGGCUUGUUCUCAUAAGUCAUUUAUCUAAGUUUGUGUGUCUAGACACACAGGUGAGUGUGAAUCACUUCAUUGUCAGCUGAUGCGUAGAGAAUUACUUAGAAGAAAAUUUCACAAUCUGCAUUGAUGUGCUGGCACUUAAAUGUAAUUCAUAAUUUUGAUUCCAUUUAUAGGUAGUCUAUGCAACUAAACUCUACUCAAAUAAAAUAAAACUAAGUAUUUCUUCUUUGCACUUUAGACCAGGAAGAAAUGAAUGCAAUAUGGUGUGCUAAUUAUUACUACCUAUAACAGCAAGGAAUAUAACAUUGCAGAAAUUUCUCUUAGGGGUAUGCCAGUGAGCAAUUAUUUUAUAAAAAUAUUUUCCUUGGUAUUAAGUAUUUAUCUGCAACAUUUAAAAAAAUCUAAUAAAUUUCAGAUUUUAAAAAAAUAAUUAAAAUAUAGAGUUCUCAUAAAUAAACAUAUGAGAAUAAGAUUAUUAUACAUUUUGGAAGGACUUUUGGGGAAUGGCGUGAUGUGUGGAGAAUAGAAAGAUUUAGGUAUGUGAUUUGUCUCUAAUCUAUUUUAAGCCAGAAGCCUGUGACAGGAAUAGACUCUGGAUUCAGGUGUCCCCAUUCGUCAAAUGAGAAGAUUGGAUUAUCUCACCUUUUUUUUAAUUAUUUUUUUGAGACAGAGUUUCGCUCUGUUGCCCAGGCUGGAGGGCAAUGGCAUGAUCUCAGCUCACCGCAACAUCUCCUGCCAGGUUCAAGCGAUUCUCCUGCCUCAGCCUCCCGAAUAGCCGGGAUUACAGGCAUGUGUCAUCAUGCCCAGAUAAUUUGGUAUUAUCAUUAUUUUUUUUAGUAAAGACGGGGUUUCUCCAUGUUGGUCAGGCUGGUCUUAAACUCCCGGACCUCAGGUGAUUCACCUGCCUCUGCCUCCCAAAGUGCUGGGAUUACAGGCAUGAGCCACUGUGCCCAGCCACGGAUUAUCUAAUCUUUUAGAUCCUUAACAACUCUGAUAUUCUGAGAUUCUCUCAUUUGUAGAAUGCCCUCUGAUGCAUUGUUUAUUUUCGUUGUUCAUUAUAUAAAUAUCGGAUUACGUUUAGGAGUGGAUUAGAUAAUUAGUGUCCCUACAUGUAACAAUAAAGGUCCCAAAAGGAAUUGUUAGGUGGCAGGCUUUGUGUUACGUGUUACAUGGAGUGAGGGUUGAUGCGAAGAUUUAAAACUAUCAAUGGAUUUAAGGAAGUGGUACAUAAAUAUGUCUGUUAUUAUGCAAUUGUAGAGCAUGAUCAUUUAGUCAGUUAUAGAAAACAUGCCACAGAAGGCUAUGUAACAAGUGGUGCUUCUUUAGAAAGUUGUCAUUAGGAUUUCCAGAGGAAGUUAAGCAGCUGUUUCAUCAAUCCCAUGACCCAUGCUUAGUUAGCAUGCCCAUCAAACAAUCAGAUCAAACAUUUGCUCCUUAUUGCCAUGCCCACAAAGUGUUAAAUACAAAAAAAAUUCAUUACCUACUAAGUGUUAAAUACAAAAAAAUUCAUUACCCACAAAGUGGUAAAUACUAAAAAAAAUCAAAGUAUUUGACAUCCUACGCAGGUAUCUAAAAUAUUUUUAAGUAAAAAACCAUCGUGACUAUUCAAAAUUUUCUUAGCUUUUUAAAGGUGAUACUUUUGCUUUGUGUUACUUUUCAGGUCUUGAAUGUAUCAUUAUGAUGGUCUCUUAUAAUCAUGGUAUAUUUCACAGAAUAAAACUUAAAAGUAAUGCCAGGGUGCAAUUGAUCAAGACCUUAUCUUGAAAGAAAAAAAAAAAAGAAAUCACAGUAAGUUCUAUUAGAGAUGAUAGACCAGAUAUAAAACUGUUAAGAGAUGGAGAAAAGAAAAAAUAACUACUUCUUAUGGUCAUAUUCUUAAAUUAUCAAGGUAUAAAAACAUAAUUAUUGACUCCCAAGAGUUUCUAUAGAAUCCUAAAAUAUAAUGCCUGAUGUAUAGAUUAGUCAGCAAAUUCUCAGAAAUCCCCUACAUAAAAGCCUUACUUGGUUCAAAAUUCAUUAUAGUGGUUCAAUCAUUUUAGAUUUGAAGUGACUAUCUUGUGAAUAUCUUAAUACUAAGAUAGGAGAGACUUAGCAGAAAACACUUUGCUUGCCAGGGUCUUGUUCUACUUCAUUGCUUUCUUUUAUAUGUGCUAGGAGUUAUUUCCAUCAGUUAACAUAGAUAGCAUUAUUCACUAAAAUUUUCAGCAGACUCAAAAUGGAGAGGUGACAUUUUAAACUUACAUAUUAGUAUAAAACAGACUUCUCUCUCUUUGCAGGUACUAGAUCAAUAUUAUCUGUAUUAAGCUAUCUGAACUUGUUCUAGACAUUAAGAAAAAGGCAGGAAAAAGACACUAAGAAAAUGGCCGGGAAGUUGCACAUUUCUCACUCACAAGGAAAAGAACAUCCUAUAUUUGCAGCAGAGAUCAGUGGUUUGAAAAGUCACACUUUGCAGAUAUGAAUUCUGAAAGGCCAAAGUGCCAUUGUUAAAUCAUCCUAAAGUGUACAGUAUUAUUCUUCAGUAUACUUGAAAAUGAAUAAAGUUAGAUUUCUCACAUUGAAGCUAAUGGUUGAGACAGGACACCUGCCCCAGUAAAGUUUGAUUCCUAUGGGUGAGAAGAUGUAGAUGACCAUUGUUCUCACAAAAGUAAAAUGAGUUAGUCCUAUCUUCUGAAUAAUAGCAUGUGUAGAGACAAGCUGUUGCUUUGAAAGUCCAUACCACAUGUGUUACAAAACAUUUGUUUAUUAGUAGAACUCACAUGGGUAGAAAGAGUUUGAGUUUUACUGUGAAUUAAAAAGCCUUCCUUAAAAGUAGAGUGUGCCAGUCAUAGAGACACUAAUUUGGCACUUUUCCUCCUUCUUGAGAUUAAAUGCUAUACCAAUGCAUGUGUUUGAAGUAUCCAUUAUUAAGAUGAUUUAAAAUCUGUUUUGUAUUUUGAGUUUUAUAGAUGCAUGGAUUCUUGUUCAUUUAUCUCUGAAUAUGUCUCUUUUAUAUUUUGGCACCAUUAUAUACAUUGGAAAGGGCCGAUCUAUUAGGGCUCAAGUAUAUAUAUGCAUUAGUGACUAGAAAUUUUGGAUUAAAAGUUAUAUCAAAUAGGCUCAGUUAUUACAAUCAGAGAAAAAUUGCAGAAAUAUUUGUUUUUUUUUUAAAGAGAAAGUAGAUUUUCACAUUUGAAUUCUAUUCAAAGUACUAAUAUCUACAUGGUCCACACUUUUCUAUUUGAAAAAAUUGUGCUGUUCUAUUAAAUAGAUUGACAUUUCCACUUCUGUUUAUUACAAAACACUGUAUUUGAAAGAUGCAUACAGAAAAUUGAGAUUAUAUUAGUAAUAAAUGUAACUUGAAAAAUCAA